AUGUUUCGAAUAAUUAAAAAUGUUAAUAAAUUAUUAAUAAAUAAUAAUAAUAGUUAUUAUAAUAAUAAUAGUAGAAAUUUACAAAUUAAAAAUUAUUUUGCAUCAUCUAAAAAGGAAAUAGGUGAAAUUAUUGAAAAAAGGAUGGAUAGAGGAAAAAUAAAAGAAAGGAAAAAAACCAAAUUUGUAAGUCAAGCAUAUAGAAGUAUAAUAGAAAGAAGAGAAGAAGAGGUUGUUAUUAUUGAUAAAAUAAGGAUGGAUACAGGAGAAAUAAAAGAAAGUCAGACAAAUUAUACAAGUGUUCCAGAAAGAGGAGAAACAGAGGAUAUUGCUAAUGAUGAAAAAAAGUCAAAUUCACCCAAAUCAUUACAUAUUACAGAUUUAAUAGAAUUUUGUAAUACACAUAAUCAAGAGAUUGAACAAAAUUUAAAAGAUAAAUCAAAGAAACCAAUGGCAUUAUGUUUUGCAUACAAUGGCUCCAAAUAUUAUGGAUCAUCGUAUUCUUUUGAUAUCAGAUUUCCAGCAAUUGAAAACCUAAUAGAGAAAUCCUUAAUUAGAAAUGGUCAUAUAGCAUUGGAGAAUAUUGGUAAUUUAAAAAGAAUAAAGUUAAGUAGAAGUAGUAGAACUGAUAAAGGUGUUCAUUCAGUAUCGACUGUUAUUUCAGCAUUUCUAUUAAUUGACAAAGAAACAGAGAGACUUGCCCAAUUUGGCACGCCACCACAAUAUUUCAUUGAUAAUAUUAAUCGUUAUUUACCAUCUGAUAUAAGAUUAAUUUCAGCGACAAAACCAAGUCGUACAUUUAGAGCAAGACCAGCAUCCAAAAGUAGAGUUUAUAAUUAUUUAGUACCAAUGGAUCAUUUAAAAGAUAUUUCAAUCGAUCGAAUGAAUAGCAUACUUUCAAAUUUCAUUGGUACUUCUUCUUUCCAUAAUUACACUUAUCAACGUUUUACUUAUCUUGAUAGUAAUACAUUAAAGAAAUUAUCAAAAAUUAAUGAUACUCAAGAUGAGAAUGAAAAUAAUGACGAUGAGGAGGAUGAGGAGGAGGAUGAUGAAGAAGAUGGUAAUGAUAAUACAAAAAUUGAUAUUGAAAAAGAAGUUGAAGAAUUAGAGAAAUUAGAAAAUAAAAAAAAUAUAGAAAUAGAUAGAUUGGCUGAAAGUGAAUUAUUUAGAAAGAAUCCAGUAAAUGUUAGAACAAUUAUGAAUUUUUAUGUUGAAAAAGAAACUGUACUAUUUGAAGGUAAACAAUGGUAUAGAUUCGUUGUAGUUGGUGAUUCAUUUUUAAUGUAUCAAAUUAGAAAAAUGAUGGGUUUCUUCCUUUCAGUUGUUAAAGGUUAUCAAAAUGAGAUAGGACUCCAAUUAUCUUUGAAAUCACCAUUUUCAAUCUGUUCUCCAAUUUCACCUCCUUUUCCUUUAUUUUUAUAUGAUGUUAAUUUUCCAAGGGAAAAAAUUUUACUCCCAGUAUCCAGACAAAUACAAAAUGAAUUUUUAAAUUCUAAAUUAAUGCCACAUCUCCACAAAAUAGAAAAUGAAACUAAUCAAUUCUCUGAAUUUUUUAAUCAAUUAUCAACUUUUAAUUUCCGUUUAGAUGAUAUUGAUCAAUUAAUAAUAUUAAAUAAAGAAUUUCAUGAAAAAAUUGAACUAAAAAAAGCAGAAAGAGAAAAAAGAAUAGAAGAUUAUAAUAAUAAUUAUAAUAAUAAUAAUAAUUAUAAUAAUAAUAAUAAUAAUAAUAAUAAUAAUAAUAAUAAUAAUAAUAAUAAUAAUAAUAAUAAUAAUAAUAAAAAUAAUAAUUAUAAUUAUAAUAAUAAUUAUAAUAAUAUUUAUAAUAAUUAUAAUAAUUAUAAGCGUAAAUAA